AUGUCGGCCGUCUACACCAACGGCGCGAACGGCGUGAACGGCGCAGACAAGAUGUUCCCUCCGCCGCGAUACUCGGACGUGCCCAGCGCCAUCACCGUGUCCGUCGCCGAGGCCGGAGACACCAUCGACGUCGAGAUCGCGCUCGACGAGGACAUCCAGGACGACCCCACGGAGCUUUGCACGCUGCUGGAGACGGAGAACAGUCUAAAGUCGACGUGGGUGCAAGUCGCCGUCGCCUAUGCCAAGCACAAGAAGCUGCACGUCGCCAUCGACGUGCUCAGCCAGGCUGUCAAUGCCUUCGGGCGGGCACGCCCCGAGGACCGCCUCAGCAUCCUCAACGGCCUCUGCUGGUUGUAUCUGCUCAAGUGCCGUGAGGCCCCACGUCUGAAGCAAGACGCGCCCUCUGACCCCGACGUCAAGACCAAGGACUUCUACAUGCAGGCAGCCACCAGCGUCCUCAACGAUGCCUCGCGCAUCAACCCCUCGUACUCCCCGCUUUUCCUCGCCCGCGGUGUCCUGUACCUCCUCCGCGCCUCGCUGCAAGCGCCCGCGACCGCCGCUGGCCCAAACGCCAUCAGCCCAGAGCGUAUGGAGACGCUGAAGCAGGCCGCAAAGUGCUUCGAGGAUGCCUUGCGAACGUCAGGCGGAAAGAACCUCAUGGCGAAGAUGGGCAAGGCGCGCGUCAGCUAUUCCAUGGGCAGAUAUGCAGAGGCUCUGAAGCUGUAUCAGGGCAUCAUGGAGAGCUCGCCCGACCUCAUCGACCCCGACCCGCGCAUCGGCAUUGGCUGCUGCUUCUGGCAGCUCGGCUUCAAGGACGACGCUGCGAGCGCCUGGGAACGAUCUCUCGAACUGAAUCCGACCUCGAAAGUGGCAACCGUCUUGCUCGGUGUAUACAACUUCCAGCUUACCGCCCAGCUCCCGCCUUCGGACCCCACCUUCGGCAGGCUAGUCAAGAAGGCGCUGAACGAAUACGUCAUGCCCGCCAUGAAGAUGGACAAUCAGUUUCCUCUGACCUGCGCAACUCUUGGGAGCUGGUUCAUCAUCAGAAAGGACUUCAACAAGGUCGAGGCGCUGUCGAGACGUGCCAUCGAGUUGACCGAUGUGAAUGCGAUUGCCAGUGAUGGAUGGUACCAGCUUGCAAGGAAAGAGCACCACCAGGAGAACUCGGCAAAGGCCGCAGAGUUCUACGCCAAAUCUGACGGCGCUCGUGGAGGUGAUGAGCGUGGCUAUAUCCCGGCCAAAUUUGGCUUGGCUCAGAUGAACGUCUUGAUGAACAACUUUGAUGGCGCUAAGUUCCGACUCGAAAAGAUCCUCCAACAACAGCCGACUCUAGAAGCACAGACACUGUUGGGCACUUUGUACGCUGAAGAUGUUUUCAACGCCCAGGCCAACAAGUCUACCGAUGACAAGUCUGCCGAGCUGAAAAAGGCGCUUCGGUACCUUGAAGAUGUGCAAAAAGCUUGGAGAGAUCCCAAAAGGAAGGCCAUACCGGACCAAUCCGUGCUGCUGAACCUUGCUAGGCUUUACGAAGCUGACCACCCUGACAGGAGUCUGAGGUGUCUCGAGGAGGUUGAGCAGAUGGAAUUAGACGCUAUUCCAGAAGAAGACCAUCCGCAGGGAAUCGAAGAUGAGGUGGAAUUGAAGUCUGCUCUUCGCGAACUGCUUCCACCUCAGCUCCUUAACAACAUGGCUUGCUUCCACUACCAGGCUGAGCGUUUCGUUCGCGCCAGGGAGCUGUUCCAAGCUGCUCUCAACGCCUGUGUCAAGGCGGCCUCCCGCGACGAGACGAUCGACACUGAUGCGCUUGUCACAUCGAUCAGCUACAACCUCGGCCGAACUUACGAGUCUGAGGGCAUGUUAGACGAGGCAAAGGGGGUUUACGAAGGACUGCUUAAGCGACAUAGCGAUUACAUUGAUGCCCGCAUCCGACUGACGUACAUUUCGCUGCGCCAGAGUCCCGGCGAUGCGGGUCCCAAGGCACUCAAGCAGCUUUUCAAGGACAACGAAGAGAAUGUCGAAGUCCGAGCUCUGUUUGCGUGGUACAAGAACAAGUCGAAGGCGAAGACACUUAACUUUGGAGAGGAUGAAGAGCAGCGGAUACACAAGCACACACUGCAAAGGUUCGACAAGCAUGACCGGUACUCGCUCAUGGGUAUGGGCAAUAUCCAACUCAGCAUCGCCCGUGAGCUACCCAGAGGCUCUGAGCAGGAGAAGGAGAAGCGCCGAAAAACUUAUGAGCGAGCAGUCGAGUUUUUUGACAAAGUACUGCAGCUCGAUCCCAAGAAUGCAUACGCAGCACAGGGUAUCGCAAUCGCUCUGGUUGAGGACAAAAAGGACUUUGCCGGCGCUCUACAGAUCUUCAGCAAGGUCAAGGAAACACUCAGAGACUACAGCGUGUACGUGAACUUGGGACACACGUACGCCGAGAUCAAACAAUACGCUCGUGCUAUCGAGAAUUACGAAGCAGCACUCUCAAAGGAUAGGCAGAACGACCCCAAGAUCCUUGCCUACCUCGGACGUACCUGGUACAUGCGGGCGAAGCACGAGCGUAGUAUUUCAGCCUACAGGACUGCGCUUGACUACGCCAAACAAGCACUCAAACUGGUGCCUUCUGAUCUUGGAUCCCAGUUCAACGUGGCUUUCCUCCAGUUCCAGAUCGCGCAACAGAUGAUCAAUCUGGCAGAAGGGCAACGAACCCUCGAGGAAGUCAACGAGGCGACCGAGGGUCUACAGGCUGCUGUUGCAGCGCUCGACAGUAUUUCCAAAGCAGAGAACCCGCCCUUCCCCCGAAACGAUCUUACAUCGCGUGCCAACAUGGGGCGCAACACCAUGGCGAACCAGCUCGAACGAGCGCGCACCAAACAGACAGCUUACGAGAAUGAGACUACCAGCAAACUCGAGCAAGCCCGUAAGCUUCGUGAAGCAGAGAUGCUUCGUCGCGAAGAGGAGAAGCGUAGAGUUGAAGAGGCAGCUCUCGAGAAGAAGCGCAAGAUCCUGGAAGAGCAAGAGCGCAUUGCGGCGCGAGAUCGCGAGCUCAUGGAGAUGCGUGGCAUGGACGAGCAAAGACGCAUGGACGAGGAUGACGACAGGGAGGCGAGGAAAGCUGAGCGCAAAGCGCGUGGUCCCAGAGGCAGCGGCAAGAGGAAGAAGAAGGCCGCGGCCGAAGAUUCAGCAACAGACGGUGGUCUUUCCGAUGACGAAGAUGAGCCUCGAUCUCGACGUCGCAGGACGACUGCUUCUGGGACAGAAGGCCUCAGCGACGAAGAGCGGCCGCGCGAGAAGAAGAAGAGGAAGCUUCAGCGCAAGAGCGAACCCACUGGCAAAUACAAGUCUGCCGAGUUCAUCGACGACGACAGCGAUGAUGCUGAAGCUGCCGCCGACGACACUGCGAAGGCUGCUACGCCUGCAGGUGACGACAGCGCAGAUGAGGGCGUUGCUGCGGCAUCGAGGCCACGCAAGGGCCGCAACGUCGUGGACGACGAAGACGAGGACGAGGACGAAGGCAUCUCGGCGCCAAAGGCGAAUGGCGAUGUGGCCAUGUCGGACGAUGAUGAGUAG